GCCUUGAAGCAGCAUCCUACAGAAGAAAUCAGGCGAUAUCCACCCGCGUCAUCCCCGCUGUCCUGCAGCUAAGAUGCUUGUCACAGUUAAGGCCCUCACGGGCGGCAACUUCCAGGUGGAUGUCCAGCCAAGCGACACGAUCGCGGCGGUCAAGCAAAAGAUCAAGGACAUUAAAGGCCACCCGCUCGAGAACCAGAAGAUCAUCUUUUCCGGCAAGGUCUUGGCCGAUGACAAAACAAUCCAGGACUGUAACAUCAAGGAGAAAGACUUUCUUGUCAGCAUGGUGUCCAAGCCCAAAGCACCAAAGCCGGAAGCUGCGUCAUCGUCAGCGACCGCUGCCGCACCACCCAAGGCCGACGCUGAGCCAGAAUCCACCUCUACCGCAGCUGGUGAACCUGCUCCUGCAGCAGCAGCGCCCGCAUCAUCAGAGAGUGCUGCACCCGCUGCUUCCACAGUUUCCGAGACACCAGCAGCCACAGAGUCCGGCAGUGAGGGCGCUGCGGCCUCUGCCGGCGACUCUAGCUCAUUCUUGCGCGGACCCGAGCUAGAGAGGGCGAUUCAGAGCAUGAUGGAGAUGGGCUUCGAGCGGCCGCAGGUCGAGAGAGCCAUGAGGGCUAGCUUUAACAACCCUGACCGCGCCGUCGAAUAUCUCAUGACUGGCAUCCCUGAAGGUCUCGACCAACCUGCGGCAAGCGCCGCACCUGCGGCUGGAUCUGCUGCAGCCAGCGCAGGGGCUGGAGCUGGAGCUGGGGCCGCAGGUGGGCAGGCACAGCCAGCUCGCGGAGGCAACCUGUUCGAAGCAGCUGCAGCGCAAGCGCAAGGGGGCCGACGAGGAGGAGCUGGAGCGGAAGGAGCAGGCGGACUUGGUGGCGAGGAUGACGAACAAGGAGGCGAGAUGAUCGAUCUGAGCAACCCGGCCAUGCUGCAACAGCUGCGGAGUCUCGCGCAGGAGAACCCCGCGGCUCUGCAGCCGCUCGUGCAAGCGAUCGCGCAGCAGAACCCGCAGCUCGCCGUGGCACUUCAGGCGAAUCCUGCGGCCGUGCUCAGCCUUUUGCAAGGCAUGAACGGCGGGGAUGGCGGCCCUGGAGAGGAAAUUGAGAUCCCGUCGUUCGACAGCCUCGGCCAAGAGGAUCGCGACAACAUCGGCACCAUCACCGCCAUGGGUGUGCCACAGGACAAGGCGAUCGAGGUUUACUUUGCGUGUGGCAAGAAUGUCGAGCUUGCUGUCUCGUACUACUUUGAGCACCCUGACGACUUUGCAGAUUAGAAAAUUGCAAUGUGAAGACCGCUUCUAAUUUCGCGUCCGCGAAUACAUUACUAUUUCGUUCUGUUCUCUUGAUGAAUAAUGCACUGCUCGCUGCAACACAACCCAACACAAAAAAU